AUGAAAAAUUUGUUAAAAUUGUAGAAAAAUCACAAAUUUCCAUUUUUUAUCAAACCAUUUGCGCAAUCUGUUCAAAAAGCGCUUGAACGUUAUCCCCAAAGUUUGUAAACUGCCGGAAAGUUCGCAGAGAAUCGAGUGUGCUUGGAAAAAUGGUACAAUGUCCAGUUAAAUGAUGCGGUCAAACGUGUAGGAGAAAAGUGUAAUCAAGAGCCGAGCAGUGGGAAGUUCCCCUCUAGUGUUGUUUGCUAUUUAAUGUGGUUCUGGUUCUGAUGUUUUGCUGAAAUGGCAAAAUUUGACGCUGAAAUGGUUUGAAGCUAAUUUGCUGGGAUUCUGGUGCUGAGCAUUCAAAAUGGGUUGUAUCAAUUCGAAGAAAGAUAUUAACGAUGUGGAUCCCAAUAUUUUCUACGUAAUUAAUAUCGACGAUGAUGGGACCGCAUUGUGGAGUGGUCAGCUGGAAGUCUCGCGGACCGAGUUGACUUUGUACCGGAAAGGAAAAGAUCCAACAACGUGGCCUCUGAAGUGCCUGCGAAGGUAUGGCUUCAAUGUGGAUCAGUUUAGCUUCGAAGCUGGCCGGAGGUGUACUACCGGGGAAGGAAUUUAUGCCUUCAAGUGCCGGAGGGCAGAAACCCUAUUCUAUACGGUCCAAUCGUACAUCCAGGGUCGGAUAUUCAGCGAUGAAACGACGAAUCCAAAUGAUCCGCAUCCGAUACCAAUGGCCUCGACUGGCCCAUCCAUAGCAGCUAGGAGUGUGUCUCAGAAUAAUACAGCAACCAGAAGCGGGGGACAGCCCGGUGUUUCCAGUGUGGGUAGUUAUGUAGUGAAUCGCACCGGAAUAGCCACAAGCCAAUCGCUAAGUCCGAAUGGGACGAUUCAUUCAAAUUCCAACCAAAGUCGGAGCACGGAUACUCUUCCGAUUGAGGCGAAUUACCUAGAGCCGACCUCCAAUAGACCAGGUGGCCAGCCGGAAACAAUGGCAACGCGAUUCCAGCAAGGGAUGCGUUUAAGUUCCGUUAGCAGUGGACCUGUUAGUCCGGAUGUGACAUCUCCUUCGUCUCCCAAUAGCGUAAGCAACAUUUUGGAAGUUACCACUUUGAAUCCUUUGCCAUCGAGUAGUGCAGGAGGCAGCAUGCACCAUGGCGUCAGUAACCUAUAUCAGGAAUUUCCGGUUAAGGAUUCCAUUGUUCACGUCGCAAGUUUGGCGGGAAUUUGUUCCGUGAAUCGCAUGUCGUUGGACAUCCCACCCCAGGAAGUUGCACCAAUUGCUGAAAGUGAUAGCGGGCUUUCCGGAAGCGACGUGAAACAGCUUCCUCUAGAGCUUCCGGUGGCUACACCAGAUACAGUCGAUCCCUCACGGUUGUACAUGAAUGUGAAUAUUGUCAGCAUGUCGGAAAUUGCUUCCAAAGCGAAAACGAAACCAGCCAGUAAAAGUAACUCUAGUCUAAUGUCGAUUAACAAUAAUAGCGGUUCUUUCGACGAAAACCAGUAUCAAAACGUGAAAACCCCAACAUCAGUUGGCCCGAACAUGUUCACCCACUUACGUAUGAACUCCAGCUAUUCUAUGGAUACGACCCGCUGCUAUGCGAAUUUGGAACCGGGUGAAGUAAAAUCGGUGAUAUUCCGAGGCCGCUAUUCAAAGCCCGAUAUUUUUGCCAAUGUGCAUCUGCCGGAAACUUCAGAACCGUGUACGCCAACGGUCCUGAAAGCGGAAGUCAACUACUGCGUCCUCGAUUUAAACCAGCCCAGUGUGCCGCAGAAUACGUCCAACGCACCAGAGGCCAUGUCGCCUACAUCCGGUAUGAACAACAAUAAUAACCCCGCAGCUGUGAAUCUAAACAGUCCGAACGACUUAACGCUGAGCGGAAGUAUCGUCAACACUUGCCAGUCGCAACAGAUUAUCUCCGGUCUGUUGCCACCAGAAAGUCCCAAAAAGGCGUCCCUUGGCUACGCAACAAUCGAUUUUGACAAAACGGUCGCCCUGAGCAACUCGACUACUCCGUCAUCGGAACUGGACAGCGAAGGUUCGCGGAAGACGCGCCACAACUCUGCCGCCGCCCCGUUAAUUCGACAGAGCAACUCGGUGAGCGACUAGGCAGAUUGCGGACCGGUAAGGUAACAGGGUGUUGUUCUGUUGGUAGGAUUAAGUGUUGCUAGGACAAGGUUUAUUAUCACCACCGUUUAGUUUGAUAUUUGAAGUUUGGCUUAGUGCUACUACUUAUGUAAAGUAAUCGUCUGAAUUAUGGGCAGAGAGGCACUAACCAAUGGUAAUUAUGAGUGAUCUCGCUCGAGUAUAGAUGGAUAAUGAUUUUGGUUGAACAGACAGCAAAAACGAUUGUAGGCAGCAACGGCAAGCAUUUGCCAACUGAACUAAAACAGCAGUCUAACGAAUGCCGCUUUAGUAUUUUCUACCUUGAGGUAUCUUAGGAAACAAAAAAUCUUAGUUUGGAAUGGCUAGCCGCUUCACUCUGCUUUUAUUCGUCACAAGGGAUGCAUCGAUACAAGUACAUACUCGAUACUUUUGAUUCGAAACCAAGUACUUUUGGAAUCGAUACUUUGAUUUCCGAUACCAAGUAAGUAUCGAAUUGAAGUACUUGAAUCAAUCGAGUUUAUUAUUGAGAUUUUCAGCCCGAGGCUGGUUCCUCUCAGAGUUAUGAAAAAACUAGGGGGACCUGAAGGGUAUAGGCUAGUCUGAUAUUUUGUAGUAAUUUCCAAAUUAUUUGAUUGUAUGCUAUUUUUUCAUUGUUCAUGUUUUUGUUUAAAACGUUUACGUAUCGUGUGUGGAGGAAGUUGCCUACUAGGUUGAGUUGCGAUCGUAGUCCAGUUUUGGUGCCUUGGACGGUUAUCUGCAUUUGGGGGUAGGGUUGAAUUUCAAUCGAUGUCCAUUUUCAUGCUCGUGUCGUCAGUGAUUGGGUGGGGAGGCAGUAUCGCGGUAUACAAGUGUGGGAUUCUUCCAACGAGUCCAUAUUGGCACAUUCGAUGUCACCGAAUAUCUGGCAAAGGGGGGGGUUAAAUUAGCGCAAAAAUGCCUGCUGCUUUGAGAAAUAGGAUAAGUUUUGUUUCACUCGCCUUGUCGUUACGGAGCACGUCUCUGAUGCUUCCCAACUGAUGGGUGGUUCUAAGGUAAUCCAGAUGGGGACAUUCACAGAGUACGUGCUCCACAGUGUUAGGGGUGUUGCAGAUGUCGCAUAUCUUGCGAAAUGGUGAUUCUCCAGAGAAAUCGUGCGAUAUCCUGGAAUGUCCUGUUCGUAGUCUAGACAGGACGAUUUGUUCUCUCCAGUUAUGUCGGUCUUUCCAUUUUCCCGUAUCUCCUUUUAUUUUUCGGAGAAACAAUGAUUGUUCACUUCUCCAUUCCCUCAACCAUGCGUUUUCAAUUGUCCUCUUACACCAUAGCUUAACAUCUGCCCCGGGUACACAAUUUGUGAGGCGGCGUCCAGUUCGGCCGAUGUUAGCAAGGGAGUCAGCUUCUUCGUUCCCAGUGAUUCCGCAGUGUCCCGGGACCCAGGUAAAAGUAAUAUUGCGCUCUUCUUCAUCCAGGGGAACAUUGUUCGGGUAGGCUGUAGAAUUUCUUAACGUCAUGUCCAAAAAUACCCACACCAACGGUAUCGGCCACCUUUGAUCCAUCGGAUAAUCUCAUAGUGGAUGUGAAGUAUUUAUGAUUGAUCAUUUCAGCAAAAAGCGUUUUUGCCCGCGUCGAGUUCGUUCCUCUUUGAAGAUGGGUAUUCAUCGUUCGGUCGAAUAUGAUUUUUCUGGCCAUCCAGCUUUGCGGCCCAAUACGGUGGAGCCCUUCCACCGGGGGAAGCGUGGAUCCGGCCACGUUAUUUAGGGCGCGGUUAGCCUGCUCUUCGAGGAGACAAAUCUGCCCAUCGUCUUUGUUUUUUUUCCAAAUAUCCUAUUGCCCUGCAGCAUAUUGUCAGUGCAGUCUUAUGACGCUCUAAUAGUGUUGUUGUAGAUCGGAGAUAAAGUAGUAAUCAUGAGUUCCAUAGCGCGGCAGGUGAUUUCAAUGCCAUAAAAGAGUCGGCUAUGAACAAUAGCAUCGGCAACACGGCUACGUGUCGAUCGGUCACUCCUGGUGCGUUUGUUAGUGAUAUUUCUGAUUAGACAAACUCGAUUUUUGCAAGCCUCCUUCAGCUUGAGGAAGUGGUUGCGAAAAGUCAGGUGCCUAUCGAUGUUGAUGCCUAGGAUUUUAAGGUUACGCUUAGUUGGUAUCGGCUGUUUGUUGAUUAGGAUGGGUUUCGAUGGUGGAACGUGGUUUGAUUCACAGGCGUGUAAUCUGACGCAUUUUUCCACUGAGAUGUCAAAACCGGCCUCCUGUGCCCAUUUGGCGACCGCGGUAACUGCUGCCUGUAACUUUCGCCUGACACUUCUCGGGUGUACGCCGGUCACGAUGAGAAGGAUAUCAUCAAUAUAAAAAAAAUAGAGUAACCGCAAUUACCGAACCCUGUGGAACGCCUGUUUCUUCUUUAAAUAUAUUUGAUUCGCAAUUGCCCACGAGAACCUGGAAGGUACGUCCACUCAAAAAGUUCUUAAUGAAAGUAAGCAAGUUUCCAGUAAUUCCCCAACUCGCCAUCUUAUCUAGGAUACCAGGACACCAAGUUCUAUUGUUAAGCCUUGGCGAGAUCCAAGGACGCCAUCUCAAUGUGGAGCCCGUUUUUUGUUGCGUCAUCAAUGAUCUGUCCAAGAGAUGCCAGAUAAGUGCCGGUUCCGAGGCCGGGCCGGAAGGCGUGCUGUCGAUAGUCUAGUCUCCGGUUCUCUGCCAGAAACUCGAUCAGCCGUCGAUUAACAAUUCGCUCCAUUAUUUUAGAGAUGCAGCUGGUCACAGCGAUUGACCGGUAGCUGCUGACAUCUUCGGUAGAGCCGCUGUUUUUAGGUAUAGGUAUGACGAAGCUAUUGUCGUUUUCGGUUUUAGACCUGGGUCAGGUCCGACCCCGACUCUGAAUAACCGAACGAAAAACGAAUCGGGAUCGAGUCAGUAUGAUGGUGUUAGUGAGAUCUCAAGCCCUAUCAUCUGUUUUGUUUUCAGUUCGCACUGCCAGCUGAUAGGCAGAAAUAUAAAUAUUUUAUCAGAUUUCAUACAGAUUUUAUCUUUUGAAUUUUGUUAUUAAUGUUAUUUUGUUUCUUAUUAUAUAAAUUGAAUGGAGAAGUCAGAUUUUUCUUCUGUUAAUUGUUUAUUUUAAAAUGACAGUUAAUCCAUCAAUAAAUUUAUGUGAUUAGUAGAAGCUUGUGAUGAAUGGCGAUGGCAAUGUGGAUUGCCGUGAAGGAAUUUUGGCGCUCUGGAACAUUUCCGUUAAUUAUGCCAAUCCGUGUUUCCCGAUAAUCUGUUAUACUGGUUCUAAGUGGCGUUCUGGAUAACAGUGAUUGUGUUACAUUUGAAUUAUCAAUUAUGCCAUUCAAAUGUAAUAGAACAAGAAAAUAUGGAAACACUUUGUAAAAAAUCCAAUAGAAAAUUUAUUGAGAUUUGGGGCCUUUUAUUUUAAAAUAAAGAAUCAAAUCGCACAAGAGUUGACUAACAUUUUUGUAUUUUCCUCCCAAGAGGGGAUCCUUUGGGAUAAACCGCGAUUUCGCCAAAACUGCAAAAACCAAAUAUACAAGAAAGGCGAAUAAUUUUUCUCUACAUAAUUUUCCACUACAUAACAGGAGAUUCAACAUAAUAAAUAUCAACGGGGUAAAAUAUGUCUUUGUCGGUUUUUUAACGAAUUACAACUAAAAAUCCUUCUUUGACUUUAAAAUUAUGCUCAAUUCGUAUAAAACUGUUCCUAAAUUUACAUUUCAAUUUAUUUUCUGACCAAGUAUCAUCUGGAGUGUUACUAGGUAGCAAAUAUACCCUCUGCAAGGUAAAUAAUUAAUAAAACUAUUGUAAAUAAUCAGAAAAACGUAUCAUUUGUUGAUGGCAAUAUAGUUAUCACUGCCUUAUAAAGGGUUAAUACAUUAUGUUUAUAUUCUUCAAAUCCGUAACCUUAAACAAAUUAUUCAUAGACCUGCAAUAACGAACAAAAUAAUGGUAUGAACAUUUUGGUAUAAAUAAUAAUCCGAUACUCCGGUACGCUAUUUUCCCAUUGAGAGAGCAAUUAUACCUAAAGCAUAUAAUCGAAUACACAACGUAAUAGUGAAUAAAUAGCAGCUACAGCUACCUUCUCGUCAUUGCAUUUAUCAAUCACAUUUUCAUCAAAAAUUUUAACCAUCAUUUUGUUCAUAACGGAGCUACCGUCUGAAGUAAUCAGCAAAAAAUAUGUCGGUAUCUGAAUCCAUUUCACCAUCAGAGAAACUUGAAGACAACACACAAUUAAAAUAAUCCAUUUUUACGUGCAAGACAGCAACAAAAUUAAUAAAUUCAACAAAUGAAACAAAAACGAUUAAAAGUCAAAUACCCAUCCGCACCCUUCCGUGUCUUUCAUGUUUUCAUUUUCCAUUAGCGUAAACAUAAACACCUGUUUGACAGUUUGUGUUGGAAUGUAUUAGUGAACCUAGGUUCGAUCUCGAUAAAUCGGCAGAGCGAACCUCGUUCGUUUUGGGUCGGAUCUGGUGCGGAUCGCGAUCCAACCUGAACGAAUAACCGAACGUUUUGACAGCUGUUAGAGCGGAUCCGGGGCAGAACUAGGUUCGACCCAGCAAUAACCGAAAACGACAUAUGACUCCAGCUGCUCGGAAGCGUUCCGGCAGUCCACUCUUGGUUGAUGGUGGAGAGAAGGGUGGUCUUUCCUCUGAACGGAAGAUUCUUCAGCAUCGGGUAUCCUAUGUCGUCUGGACCCACCGAUUUCCCAGAGGCCUUUUGAAGGGCAUAAUCCAACUCUGCCAUUGUGAAGGGAAGGUUGAAAUUCUGACCUUUAUCUGGUGGGACUGGAAAUCUGGGUACUGCUGUUUCGGGAAGUGGGUGUCGUUUUAAAAAUGGGUCUGAAUAGCGGUGUAGUGAAGAUAGUUCGUAGAAAUAUUCCGCUAGGGAAUCAGCAAUGAUCUUCGGAUCUCUUGUGGUUGUACCUUUCACUUUUAAAGCCAUUCCUUUAUACCGUCUCUUUCCUUGUAUACUAUUUAUUCGCAUCCAAAUCUCUGAUGAGGACUGGUUUUCAUUAAUGGAGUCGAGAAACUCAGUCCAGGAUUUGUCUUUCGCUUCCCUUAUCACCUGCCUGCAGCUAUUACUAGCAGCUUGAUACUCCUCCCUCCUCCUCCCGGUAAGACACGCGGCUACAAUGCAAGACCAUGCUGAGGGUGGCUGGGUUCGAUUCCCGGUGCCGGUCUAGAGAAUUUUCGGAUUGGAAAUUCUUUCGACUUCCCUGGGCAUAAAAGUAUCAUCGUGUUAGCCUCAUGAUAUACGAAUGCAAAAAUGGUAAUUUGGCUUAGAAACCUCGCAGUUAAUAACUGUGGAAGUGCUUAAUGAACACUAAGCUGCGAGGCGGCUCUGUCCCAGUGUGGGGAUGCAAUGCCAAUAAGAAGAAGAAGAAGAUGAUACUCCUCCAGGGUGCGUAUGGUAUCGGGGUGGUCUUCAGGUAGGUUUCUUCUUGUUC